ACUUGUGGCACACUGAUCAACAACUCUACUGAUCCUCCCUAAACAAAAAGUUUCUCUCUGUCUAGGGUUCCUGAUUUACCGGACGUAGCCAUGGCUAUGCAAGCAGGAGUCAGCGUCUCUAGGAUCCUCAUCCUCGCCGGAGCAGGAUAUACCGGUACGAUUAUGCUCAAAAACGGUAAAUUAUCAGAAUUAUUGGGUGAACUUCAGUCCUUGACGAAGGGAAAAUCUGGGGAACAAUCUGAUGGUGAUUCUGACUACUCUGAUGCCAUAGCCCAACAGGUGCGUCGGUUAGCAAUGGAAGUUCGACAACUGGCCUCUGCACGGCAAAUAACAGUUCUCAAUGGGAAUUCUGGCCAAAUGGGUAACCUCACUGGUCUUAUAGCUCCGGCUGCCACCUUGGGGGCGUUGGGUUAUGGUUACAUGUGGUGGAAGGGUCUAAAAUUCUCAGAUUUUAUGUAUGUAACAAAGCGUAGCAUGGCAAGUGCUGUUUCAAACUUGACAAAACAUUUGGAGCAAGUAUCCGAGGCUCUGUCUACUGCCAAGACGCAUUUAACACAGAGAAUACAACUUUUGGAUGAUAAAAUGGAGAGUCAAAAGGAGAUCUCAAAGGCAAUUCAAAAUGACGUCAAUGCUGCCUCUGAAAAUCUUACACAAAUUGGUUCUGAGCUAUGGCAGUUGCAGUGUUUAGUAUCUGGUUUGGAUGGAAAGAUAGGUUCAUUGGAGGAGAAACAGGAUAUUGCAAAUAUGGGUGUGAUGUACCUGUGCAACUUUGUUGGUGGCAAAAAAGCAAAAAUGCCUAAAGCUCUAGAGGAUCAGUUCAAACCUUCAGGAAGAACUCGUGCUUCACUCAUGUACUCUGAAGUCCCAAGUUUGACGGGUCUAAAGGAGCUUGCAGACGAUAUAUCUCAAACCUUCGGUGAGCCAGCCACUGAUGCUAUUCUGCAAGAUGGAACCGAUAAUCUGGAAGACCAGCUAAGAAUCCCACGUAUUGAUCAACCGAGAGCUCUGCUCAGGUUUAAUUCUGCCAGGUGUUGAUUGCAAUAUCCUUGACACGACACCUAGCUGCAUCUUUGCAACAUGCUCGUUGAUUAUUUAUGUACAAAUUAGGACAUUUUCCACUACACCGAGCAACUUGAUCACUCAAAUGAUGGUUGAUUUCUCAUGGUAGAUUCCCUCUGUAGGUUUCUAUUCGACAAUAUACUUUGCUCUGCUUUGGAAAUUUAAUAAACAAAAGCAGUCUGUUUAAAGUACAAUGUGUGUUAUGGAAACAACCCGAAGGCAUGUAAAGUAUGGAAUUUUUGUAGUGACUUGUAAAAUAGGCUUGUUAUGAGAAUGGUUUACGCCCUUGCGUGCCUGUUUGGGACAUGAGAAUUUUAUGUUUCCUCAGAAAGUAAAAAUGCGAAAGUAUUUGUUGUUGUUC